CCGAACUCCGUUCAAAGUUGUAAUCACAGCAGUUAUCAAUAUGAAAUUUUAUUUAACUAUCUUUGGAAUAAUUUUAGCUCUCGGCUUAAUUUCAGGAACAUCUAUUCAACGAUUAAUAAUAAGGGAGGCUAUUCCUGAAGUGAAACCGAAUCCUUAUGUUAAAUCGAUUAACGUAAAGAUAAAUGGAGAGUACAAUGAUACAGUGACAAUUGAGAUGCCCAUUGAUGAAGAGCUUCCGGAUGAUAUUGUUAUGAAUCUCAAUGUCAUAUAUAAUGGUCAAGCAAUUCCAGCGUUGAAAGGUGAAUUAUGUGAUCUAUUUGAUGAUAAAACAUUUGCUCCAGACAUGCUAGACACUGCAGUACCAAAAGAUAAAUUUCCAAGACAAUGUCCAGUCCUUCCGAACAAAGAUUAUGCUUUUCUCAACUAUACAUUUCCACCAGAAAAAUUAGGCCCCGGUAUACCAGAUGGAGAAAUUUAUACUGAAGUGUAUUGUUCACGCAGUGGUGAUGAUUCUAAUGCUUUCCUCAUAUUUCGUUCACAUUUAUCAUUAGUUACUGUUACUCCAGAUGCAUCUUCGCUAAUGGGUUAAAAAAUUCCUUAAGUUAAAGAAUAGAUACAAAAAAGAUCGCAUAUUAAAAAUCUAAUUUUCAUGUUGCACUUUAUAUUUAUUGACUCAUAAAUGUGAUUCAAUAACAAUCUUCUACACUGUAUUAAAUUAAUAAGGUUUUAAUAAAGAUUUAUCUUGCAUGCGGAAA